AUGAACAAGAACUAUCCGGGCCGCAUCACAUCCGCCCCCCUGGCGCAGCAGGCGCGGGGGAUGUCGCUGCGCCCCGGUGCGCCGGCUAGCUUUCUGGAUCGCGCGCAGCCUGCAGGCGCGGGCUCAGGCAUCGGCGCCCAGCAGCCGCACCACCACAGUAGCCUGCCUCGCGCGCCGCGGGCCAAGCCGCCUACCCAACUGCAGACCCCCGCCCCAGCACCCCCACCGCCAAAGAAAGAGGCGGAGGAGGAGUGUAGCGGUGCCGCCGAGGUCGUGCCGUCCGAGGUAUCGUACCCGGAGGACCACAUCUACAACGUGGAGGACUUCAUCAAACUGCGCAAGUGCCAGGCGCCGGUGCCGAGCGAGGUAAUGGAAUACGCGCGUGCCAUGUGGAAGGAGAUGCCGGAGAACAUGGACGACAUGGAAAACAACUCCCUGCGCGACAACCUCUUCCGCGAGCAGAACGCGUCGACCAUGUCGAAGGUGAUGACAGACCGCAAGAUCAACAACGAGGUACUGGGCAUCCUCGGCAAGGUCACCGCAUCGAACUUAGAGAAGAUGAAGAAAGAGCUCACAGAUCUGCCCAUUCGGCAGUCUACCAAGGAGGAAAUCGACGAGGUCAUCAAGGUCUUCUUCAACAAGUCAACGAAGCCGGAGGAUAGCUGCUACACGCACCUGUACGUGCAGCUCAUCGCGCACCUCAUCUCCUCCAUCGGCGAGCGCGAGGAGGCCGGCCGCAUGAUCCGCAAUGAGGUGCUGCGUCAGUGCCGAUCCACGUUCAUGAACUCUGGGGCAGAGGCGGUGGAGCUGGAGAAGCGGAUGGCCACCAUGUCGCCAGAGGACGCCGAGAUGGAGCGCAUCCAGUUCUCGGGCAAGCAGAAGGCAAACAUUCAGUUCCUGGGGUUGAUGUUCACGAGCCGACUGGUCCGCCAGAAGGUUGUGCACGCCGUGUUGGACUCGCUGCUCUACGGCCCCGGCCAUCGCCGCCACAUUCCCACCGAUUACAGCCUCAUCCACUUCAUGGAGCUUCUGCAGGUGUGUGGCCCUCACCUGGACGCCGCUUUCUACGAGGACCCGCUCCCGCGCUACCGUGAGACGAUCACUGAGCUGAGCAACUCGCACCCGCAGAAGCGCAUCCAGUUCCUGCUGCAGAACUUCCUGGAGACUAUGAACAACAACUGGGUGCCGCUGCACGGCCCCGGCGCACGCCGCACCGAGGGCGGCGGCAACGCGGCGCAGGGCAACAACAACAACGGCUCUGGAACGCUGUUGAAUAACAACGGCCGCGGCGGCAGCCUGCCCACGAUGCCGCCGGCGCCCAUGCCGAUCCAGGAGGCGCAGCCACGGAUCCCGGACUACGAGGAGUUUUCCAAGGUGAUGGAUGACUUCUUCAUGAGCAGCUCUGUCGACGAGAUCGUCUCCAUCAUGUCUUCGAUCCCCCCUGAGGUGGUCGUGGUGUACUGCACCAAGUGGCUUGGUCGGUACAUCAAUACAUACAAGUACACGGCAGAGCGCACCCGCCUCGGUGAGCUCUUCGAGACUUUGAUGAAGAAGGGGGCUCUCACCACGGAGCAGGCGCAGGAGGCGCUGCUGCAGCACCUGCAGAAGUCAGCCGAGGAGGAGCUAUUCACGGACAUCCCAAAGUACUUUGUGCACUGGGCGUCGCUGAUCAAGCACGGCCACAGCGUCUUCCCAUACUCGCUGCACACGAAGGUGCUGAACAUGCUUGUCGAUAAUCACGUGAGCAUAGAAGUCAUCGCGAACAUGGUGCGCGACGUGGAGGCAGACACAAAGCCGGACCAGCUGAAGGACCUGAAGCCCCAAGACCGCUUCCGCGUCCUGCAAGCGCUUCUGCGCUACACCCCACCCAUGUUCGUUCACGAGUCAGACGACGACCAGCAGCCGAAGCAAACCCUGCUGGACCUGGUCGGUGCCAUCGACCCCGAGGUGACAUACUUUAACGAGCUGUGCACCUCCUACGAUGACGACAACUUCCACGCGAGUCCGGCCCUGAGCGACAUGCAGAAGCAGAGCCCAUAUCUCUGCGCCUCGGCCUUCUUUACGUUUGUUCGAUACGACGUGAACUUCCUGUGCACCCAGUACAAGGAGCUGCUGCGCAAGAUCUUUACAGCACGCCCGGCCGACACGCUGCUCGUGGAGGUGUACCUGCAGUGGAGGUGCCUGGGGUGCUCGCACCGCUUCCUCUUUGCCUUCAUCCGCAAGGUGCUCGAUGUUGUGAACAACCGCGCAGACGUGCUCAACAAGCUCUCCGCGCAGCUGCGCACCACCUUCAAGGAGGACACGCUUGUCUCGCUGAUGGAGGAGGCCAUCAAGGAGCGGAAGUGA